AUGCCCAGCGAAACCAUCAACAUAGUCCGCCACCCCUGCCUCAAAGGAAAACUAUCCCUCCUAGAAGACCGCUCAACGCCAGCAGCCCAAGUCCGAAGCCUCGUAACCCAAGCCACCUACAUCCUAGCCACAGAAGCCUCCCGCGAAAUCUCCUCUUCAGACCAUACAAUCGUAGUACCCGUCAUGCGAAGUGGCCUCGCAAUGGUCGACGCAACAUUGGAAAUUCUCUGUCCUUCCCAUCCCACUUCCGUCUAUCAUCUCGGUCUCUUCCGAGACUCGACUACGCUGGAAGCCAUUGAAUAUUAUAAUAAUAUUCCUACAGAAGGGGAAGCGGCUAAGAAUGGACUUAUUGUUGAUCCGCUUCUUGCUACGGGGGCUACUGUUACUGCGGCGAUUGAUAGUUUGAAGCGGUGGGGAAUUGAGAAGAUCAUCGUCGUGGCUCUGCUCGCUACAAAUGAAGCUAUUGAGCGUAUUACAAAGGUGCAUCCGACUGGUGUGCAGUUCUUUGUGGGAGAUGUGCAGGAAUUGAGUCCUGCGGGGAAAGUUGUGCCGGGGGUGGGAGAUAUGGGAGAUCGAUUGUAUUUCCGGAAUUGA